AUGGAGCAGCAAUUCCGUGCUUGGUUGCGCUACUCGCUCGUCUUCGGCUUCUAUAUAAGUCCAACGCCAAACGCCUGUAAGAAAUCAGCGCAGGCAACCAGCCUCUCGCGCACCAACCACGGUUUUACAUGUUCACUGCAGCGUUUAAAAAAGCUCUACUUGUACGUGCUGCUGCCCUGGCUCUGCGUGCUUUACGUGAAUGGUCUGGCUUCGCGCAAACCCAUAUCUGGCACCGUGCUCAGCUGGACCGUGGCGAUGGUGGAUUUUAGCUCACAAGCGCUCUCCAAUAUAGUCAUGGCGGCCGAAGGUAUCUGGCGUCAGCAGCAGCACGAGACAUUCCUGCGGCUACUGCACGAAAUCGAAUUCUCACUGCGGCUGCGGCUCAGACUGGAUAUCAAAUUGGAUGUGUUUCUGCCACGUGUGCGUCAGCUGUUAAGAUUUCAGCUUUGGCUUUCCGCCAUUUGUGUGCUUAUAUUCGUGUAUAAUUUUAUUAAAUGGCAAUAUAUCGGCUACUUUUGGUAUUCCAUUUGGUUUGCGAUUGCGAUGCGCUUACGCUUAAUACAGCUGUUGAUCUACGUGUGCGUGCUGCGUCAUUACAUGCGUUGUCUUUGCUUGAAAUUGCAACAGCUUGUUGCCUACCGCAUGGCGCCAAGCCAGCAGCUGUUGGAUGUUAACUACGAAAAACUGCAAACACUGGCUUAUCUAUUGGCCAUAAAGGAUAUAUAUGAUUUGCUGUACAAGGCAUUUGAGCUGCUCAAUGCGUUCGCUGGCUGGUCGCUGUUUAGCAUCAUUUUCUGUUAUAUGCUGGACUAUGGUUGUACGCUCUACUGGGCGCUGCUCAGCUGGGAGGGCUAUCUCGAACGUCGCAACUACUACGUCGCGUGCUUUUGGUGGCUGCUGCCCAUGACCAUCAUCAUCUGGCAUCUCUGUUAUUUGUGCCAUAAUUGCAAGCAGUUGGAUCGCUUGAUAGCUAGCAUGUUGUGCCGCAUAAUCGUUGUAAAUUCCUCGCAAUCCAUGUGCGCUUAUCGCAUGUUGCUGCAACAAUUCUGCACACAACUGCAGCUGCAGUGCAUUGAGGUGACCGCAAGGAACUUCUUUACGCUGAACAUACGACUGAUAAUGUCGAUUUUUACCUGUAUAGCGACUUAUUUGGUGAUAGUAAUACAAUUUUUAAAUAUUUAA